CUUGUCAUGAUUCCAGCCCUGACAUUCUUAUCUCUGCUUUUAGUGACUGGAGUUAUCGGAAGUAGCCUUGUUCUGUUGGUCUACUGGAGAAAGCGCUCCAAGACACCCGAGAAAGUGUUCAUCCUGGUAGUGGCUGUGUACGAUCUAUUAAUAAACUCAAUCACGAUUCCAGGUAAAUUUUAAUAUCCUUACAUAUUUUUAAAAAAAAUAGAGUUUUAAGUUCGUUAUAAAAGCAAUUAACGUUAGUAAUCUUAUCCGGAAAAUAAUGUCAAAUGAAAGAACAAUUUGAGUAAGUUAAUGAGACCGAUUAUGUAUUCAAGAAAACAAGUGUUUAUGUAUGCAUUUUGUUGUUAAUAUGUGUUUUAAAAAAACAAUGAAGAAAAAAAAUUAAAAUAAAUUUGAUUUUUUGGACUGAUUUUGGUAAGGAGCAUCAUUGAUUUACCAUAAUUGAUUAAUGUGUUUCCAUAUAGGAGAGAUCUACCAGUCACUCAAUGACUGGGACUUUGACCAUCCCACAGUUUGCAGAAUUCAGCAAUAUUUCAGCGCCUCUGUGGUCAUUGGUUCCGGUCUUGUGCUGGUGGCAAUAGCGGGGACCAGGUAUGUGGUCUAG